AUGAAAAGUCAAAUAGGAAAUUUACAAAACCAAUUGCAAGCCGCAAAAACUGAAAUUACUAAUUUAAAGCAAGAAAAUCAGAAUCUAGAAGCUACUAAUACUCUUUAUGCACAACAAAUAAAACUUAUUGAUCCAGAAAAAGAAAAAUUAAAUGCUCAAUUAGUUCAAAAUAAAAUUGAACAGUUAGAAACCCAAAGAAAACUUAAUCAGCUAGAAGUUGAAAAGCAAGAUUUAAAAAAUAGGUUAGCACACACUAAACAAACUAUUCAAAAUUCCAAAUUUCAAAAAGAACAAUUCGAGAAGCAGUUAGAACAACAGCAAUUAUUUAACCUUGAGCAGAAACGUGUUAGACAAUUAAAAGCAAAGCAGGAAGAACUAAAAGAAACUAAAAAAAAAUUAGAAUAUCAACUAGCUUUUACAAAAGAUAACACCGCACCCCUCCAUAAAGAAUUAAAGGAACGGGAACAAGAGUUAAAAGAAACAACAAAUGAGCUAAAGAAAGUUCAGGAAAAGGAUUUAGAUCAAAUUAAGAAUUAUUUAGGAGUUAAAAAAGUUUUUCUUAAUGCUCGAAAAAUAACAAUUAAAGGAUUACAAAAUUGCUAUAACAAACUCAAAAGCAAUAAAAAGCAUACUAAAGUCGACGAGAUAAGUAAUCUAAUUGUCGCAGUAGGUGGGGUAGCAAAUUCUCUAACUUUCGGAAUUCCCAAAGCUUUCGGAGACACAAUUAAGGCAAUAAACAAAUCUUUCGAAAGAAAAUUUUCAGAUAGAUGGGCGGAUGAAUUUAAAAACUUUUUAGACAAUGACAGAAAAAAUUUAGCUCUACUCAAUAAAAUAAUCGAAAAAAUUGCCUGCUACUUAACCCGCAUUAUCCAAGAAAAAAGCAUUAGCAUUUGGGAAGGCAAACCCUUUUCCAAGCCUGAGGAAAUGGAAAAGGCCAUUACCUUGCUUAAUGAUAAUUUUGAAAAGUUAGAAACACAAUUAGCACAAGAAGAAAACAAAUUUAAGGAAAUUAUUAAUAAAGCGUCGGAGAAAAUAGUUUGA